GUGGGCAGGGUGGAGGUGGAGAGGGGGUGAGCAGGAGGCAGAGGACAUCGGGCACUGCUGAAGAGCUGCUGCUGGCGCCCCAGCUUUGGCCCACCCAGCCCACCUCCAGCCUGAGAUCAGCCGAGGGGUGCCCAGUCACUCAGACAUGGCUCGCCACCCUCACCCCUAACAGGAUGGUUUCCAUAGGGAAGUGAAUCAGGACUUCCCUUGCAGGCCCCGCCCCAAAGCCAGACGCAGGAGUAGAGAGGUUGCCUCCCUGCUCCCCCCACCAAAAAAAAAAACUCCCAGUGAUUUCCUCCUGGUAGGAGAGAGCUGAGGCUAGCAGCUGUCACAUCUUGCAGAACUUAACCUCGCCUCGCCUCUCCAGGGACAAUGACCUUGGCGCAGCCCAAAAGGGGCCUGCUGAUGCUGCUGAUGGCUUUGGGCCUGACCCAGGGGAACCCUGUGGAGCCCCUUCAGUCCUCACUGGUGACCUGCACAUGUCAGAACCCACACUGCAAGGGGACCACCUGCCAGGGGCUCUGGUGCACAGCGGUGCUGUUUCUGGACGAGGAAGGUCACCGCCAGCAGUUCCAGGGCUGUGGGAGCCAGAACGAGGAGCUCUGCAGGGGGCGUGCCACCGAGUUCGCCCACCAUUUCUGCUGCUACCAGUCCUUCUGCAACAACAACGUGUCCCUGUCGCUGGAGACUACCCAGACUCCUCCGGAGCAGCCAAAAGUAGAUUGCCAGCUGCCUCUGAUCCUGGGCCCUGUGCUGGCCUUGCUAGUGCUGGUGGCCUUGGGUGCCCUGGGCCUGUGGCAUGUCCGGCGGAGGCAGGAGAAGCAGCGAGGCCUGUACAGUGACCUGGGCGAGUCCAGCCUCAUCCUGAAAUCACCCGAGCAGAGGGACAGCAUGUUGGGGGAAUUCCUGGAUAGCAACUGCACCACAGGCAGUGGCUCAGGGCUCCCCUUCCUGGUGCAGAGGACAGUGGCGCGGCAGGUCACCCUGAUGGAGUGUGUGGGAAAGGGCCGCUAUGGCGAGGUGUGGCGGGGCUUGUGGCACGGGGAGAGUGUGGCUGUCAAGAUCUUCUCCUCGAGGGACGAGCAGUCCUGGUUCCGGGAGACGGAGAUCUACAAUACAGUGCUGCUCAGACACGACAACAUCCUAGGCUUCAUCGCCUCAGAUAUGACCUCCCGCAACUCCAGCACGCAGCUGUGGCUCAUCACGCACUACCAUGAGCACGGCUCCCUCUAUGACUUCCUGCAGAGGCAGACGCUGGAGCCCCAGCUGGCCCUCAAGCUGGCUGUGUCCGCAGCGUGCGGCCUGGCACACCUGCACAUGGAGAUCUUUGGUACGCAGGGCAAGCCGGCCAUCGCCCACCGCGACCUCAAGAGCCGCAACGUGCUGGUCAAGAGCAACCUUCAGUGCUGCAUCGCAGACCUGGGCCUGGCUGUGAUGCACUCCCAGGGUAGCGAUUACCUGGACAUCGGCAACAACCCGAGAGUGGGCACCAAGCGGUACAUGGCUCCCGAGGUGCUGGAUGAGCAGAUCCGCACCGACUGCUUUGAGUCCUACAAGUGGACCGACAUCUGGGCCUUUGGCCUGGUGCUGUGGGAGAUCACUCGGCGGACCAUUGUCAACGGUAUUGUGGAGGACUACAGGCCACCCUUCUAUGACGUGGUGCCCAAUGACCCCAGCUUUGAAGACAUGAAGAAAGUGGUGUGUAUUGACCAGCAGACGCCCACCAUCCCCAACCGGCUGGCUGUAGACCCGGUCCUCUCAGGCCUGGCUCAGAUGAUGCAGGAGUGCUGGUACCCUAACCCCUCUGCCCGCCUCACCGCUCUUCGCAUCAAGAAGACCCUACAGAAGCUCAUCCAAGGCUCAGAGAAGCCCAAAGUGAUUCACUAGCCCAGGACCACCGGACUCCCUCUGCCUGCAGGUGGGGCCUUCUUCCAUCUCAGGAUGUUUGUCUUUCAUCGACACACUGCAGGAUUUGGACCUGACAUCUUUUGUGGCCUCUCCAGUUCUGAUUUGCUUUGAACGUCAGCCUGUGUGGCCUAAGUUUACCAGUUUCACCUAUUCCUAUGCCCUGGCUCCUAGCAAUAUGCUUCAAAUGGGGUUUGAAAAGAACUGUGGUGAUACACGCCUGUAAUCCCAGCACUUGGGAGGCUGAAGCAG